AUGGCGGGUGCACACUGGCCUAAUCUGCUGAACAGUCCUCGAACUUUCAAAGCCACGCCGCCGGGAGCCCUGUCUCCUCCUCCUCCUCUUCCUCCUCCUCCGCCGACGCUGCCGCCGCCUCCCGGUUCCGCAGUCACUUCCUGCAGCUGUUUCCCUGUGGCUCCGCUCCGAUCGACUUUUGACAAUCAGCCUCCAGCAGCGGAGCGGCCGGUCGGAGGCAGCGAGCGCAGAAAGUGGUCGUGGAGCAGGCGGCGGCGCGCGGGGUGUCGGGGCGGCUGCGGCCUGCCGGUUCCGGUGAGUGCGGUCCUCUCGAGUCCGCUCGGCUGCUGCGUCCGUGUGCGCGUGUCAGCCUCGCCCGCGGCGUCUGGCGGGCCACCGAUCUCGAUCCCGCAGCCAUUCGCACAGCCGCCUCGGCGACUUGGUGCUCCCCGCCGGCAUCUGCGCGGGACCGGAGUGCGUGUGAGCGUGCCGGGUGCCCAGCCGGGGAAUGGCACACGCGGGGGCGAUGCUGCAGGGGUGCAGCUUUGAGCGCUAGAUGCUGAGCCUAGGUCGCCACGGCCUCCUCCCCUUCUCAGCUUCCUUCUGUGAUGUAAAACAGUCUUCCAGGGAUUUUUUUUUCUGCCAGCCACGUUUUGGUGACCUCUGAGUAAGGCUUUCUCUUUUCUUGUCUUCUUUUCUCCGGAAUACCCAGGGGUAGCCUUCCCUACUUUACCCGGACGCCAGGAACCUGUUCCUGGAUUCUCUUCUUUGCCCUGGGUCCAUUUCUGCCAAGGGGAGGAGGGCUGUUGUUUGCACUACAGCCGGUGAGGAGUAGGCCCCAGCCCGGCAAUGGAAACGUGUGUUGUGGUCAUUCAUUUCCCUCAGACCGGUACAUGGUGGAGAUGUGAUUUUCUUUAGUGUCUUCUGAGCUCCCUUCCAAAUUAGGACAUCAAGCUCUGUGCAUCCUUCGUGUAUGCCAUCGCACACGUCCAAUCGGAUGGAUUUUAAGAUCUGAGAAGUAUUUUUAUAUCAGCUUCUAAAUUAGUCUCUUAAAUUAAUGCAGCAGUUUGAACGGAUCCGAGUAUGUUUUUGAGUCUUUCUAGUUUGUGUAUUCACUGGAACUUUGGUUUUAUUUAUUUUAGAGGGUUUUUUUUUUUUUUUUUUUUUUUAACCCAAAUAAUACCUGUUGAGAUUGUCGCCUUUAGACUUUUUUGGGGGAGGGGGUGAGCCUUAUGUUGAUUAUUAAAUAUAACAGUAUUUUUGAGCUCUCUAUUCUUUUCUUCGAACAUUGUGGGAAUAAAAUGUAAUAAAAGGUAAACCUGACCUGUAAACACCUGCACCCCACCCCGGCCAGUGUUUUGCUCUGGAAUAAGGCUUUUUGUGCCUCUGCUGGGAGAAGGGCCUUGCUUCUGCUGGACCACUGCAUGAUACAGGGGGCAACGCUUGCUGGGGUUUCAUCAGGUGGGAGUAAGCAUGUAAGAAACAAGCCCAGGCAUGUUUUAGUAGCAGGCUGACUCUGUUCUCUAUGUAUAUUGCUGAUUUUUUAUAUCCGGAUGUUUUGAUAUCCUGCUCUGUCCCUUUCUCUAUGACCUAACAAAGAAUCUUGGAUGACAAGUUAGGGUCAGAAUGACAUGGUGUGUUAUAACUAAGUAGUUAAACUAUUUAAAAAGAUGGUUUCAUUACCCCACCUCCAAUAUUCAUAAUCAUCUUUGCAAUUUGGAUUUUUUUAGUUGGGAGAAAUAAUAUUGUUUCCAAGAAACUUACUGUUUAAAUGUAUCAAAUCUGUAUCACUUUUCUUUGUGUUUUUCAGAGAUACAGGUAGUUGAUUAUUAUUCUUUUCUAGCUAUUAUGAUUAAUGAAAAGUAUUGUUAAAUAUGACGACUAACCACUGUUAACUGAAUGACUUCCCAGUCAGUGGCUCCUGUUCACUGUGUGUCUACCAAAUGUCUAAAUAGUCUUUUACUUUUUAAAGCUUCCUUGAGUCAUUUUAGUAAGUCUGUUAGUGUCCUAGCCUACACAUCUUCACAGACAGGAAGCCUUAGCAGCUGAAGACACUGCAUUAUAUUGACCAAGAAAA